CGCCCUCCGCCCCCGGGCACCCUCCGCCCCGCGGCGCCCCCCGCCCCGCACGGCCCCCGCCGGGAGGGCUGGGCUGGGCUGCGGGCGGCGGCCCCCGAGCUGCCCGGAGCCGCGGAGACAAAAGGGAGGGAGCGAGCAGCAGCGGGAGCCGGGCUGGGGGGGAUGCGAGCAACCAUGAAAGGCUGGGUCUCCGCCUCCUCCUCCGCUGCUGCCAGAGAGCUGCCGGCUGCUGCCGCCGCUGCUGCUGCUCGGAGGACUACACUGUGAAGGGGGCGGAGGAGAGGCUGGCUGGGUUUGCCGGGCGAAGGUAGAAGGUGUAAAGGGAGAGGCGAGGAGGAAAAUGUCUUCUUCGGUGGGGCCCCGCGGCCCUCGCCCACCCACGGUGCCCCCCCCGAUGCAGGAGCUGCCCGACCUGAGCCACCUGACGGAGGAGGAGAGGAACAUUAUUAUGGCCGUGAUGGACCGGCAGAAAGAAGAGGAAGAGAAAGAAGAGGCCAUGCUCAAGAGGUUGCAUCAACAAUUUGAAAGCUAUAAAGAGCAAGUAAGAAAGAUAGGGGAAGAAGCCCGCCGUUACCAGGGAGAGCACAAGGAUGAUGCUCCAACAUGUGGAAUCUGUCAUAAAACAAAGUUUGCAGAUGGUUGUGGCCAUUUAUGCUCUUAUUGCCGGACCAAGUUUUGUGCUCGAUGUGGAGGUCGUGUCUCCCUGCGAUCAAACAAUGAGGACAAAGUGUACAGGAAUACUGUUCCUACUCAUUGUGGAUCACAUUCAGCAGUACCUGUAAGAGUUAUGUGGGUAUGCAAUUUAUGUCGAAAGCAACAAGAAAUCCUAACAAAAUCUGGAGCGUGGUUUUUUGGAAGUGGACCGCAGCCGUCACCCAGCCAGGACGGAACACUGAGUGACACGGCGACUGGUGCGAGUUCCGAUGUACCGAGAGAAAAGAAAGCAAGGCUCCAAGAGAGAUCGAGGUCACAGACUCCUUUAAGCACAGCAACUGCCUCACCACAGGAGAUCACUCCUUCCAGCGUGCAGUCUGACCGGAGGAAAGGAGCAGAAGUGUCGCAGCCAGCUAUGGGCCUGGACCAAAAGCAAGUUUCAUCAAGGUCUAGAAGUGAACCUCCAAGAGAGAGGAAGAAGACGCUACUGGCUUCAGACCAGAAUGGCAAAGGUGUAAAGAGUGAGCGUAAGCGUGUGCCAAAAUCCUCAGUACAAAAAGAAGGACCAGCAGAUGACAGGGAACGUAAAGAAAGGCACGAAAGUAGAAGGCUGGAGAAAGGGAAGUCACAGGACUAUCCAGACUUGCCAGAAAAACUUGAGGAAGGCAAAGUGCCUGAUGAUGAAAAACAAAGGAAGGAAGAUGAAUACCAUACUCGAUACAGGAGUGACCCCAAUCUGGCAAGAUAUCCUGUAAAACCCCAUCCGGAAGAACAGCAGAUGCGCAUGCAUGCCAAAGUUUCUAAAGCACGGCAUGAGAGAAGACACAGCGAUGUAGCUUUGCCUCACACAGAAAUGGAGGAAGCGGAGGUACCUGAGAAUAACUUAGGAAAACGCUCACAAUUACAGGGAACUCAGGACAGAAAAUCUCUUGUGGAAACUCAGAGGUCGUACUCUAUAGACAGAACAGGUGAUGUAAGAAUUUCUGUUUCUAAACAAUUAACUAAUCAUAGUCCACCAACUCCCAGGCAUAGUCCAGUUCCUAUAGAACACGUAGAGUACAAGAACCACGAUUCCUUUAAAAAACAGAGCCGCCUUGAUCCUAGCUCUGCUAUUCUCAUGCGAAAAGCAAAGCGGGAGAAAAUGGAGACCAUGCUAAGGAAUGAUUCCCUUAGCUCUGACCAGUCGGAAUCAGUGCGGCCAUCCCCUCCAAAGCCUCAUAGAGCAAAAAGAGGCGGAAAGAAAAGGCAGAUGUCAGUUAGUAGCUCAGAGGAAGAAGGGGCAUCAACACCAGAAUAUACUAGCUGUGAAGAUGUGGAGAUAGAAAGUGAAAGUGUCAGUGAAAAAGGUGACUUGGAUUAUUACUGGCUGGAUCCUGCCACGUGGCACAGCAGGGAGACAUCCCCUAUUAGUUCGCAUCCAGUAACGUGGCAGCCUUCUAAAGAGGGAGAUCGCUUAAUUGGGCGUGUUAUUCUUAACAAGAGAACAACCAUGCCAAAAGAAUCAGGUGCAUUACUGGGGCUAAAAGUUGUUGGAGGAAAAAUGACAGAAUUAGGACGACUUGGUGCCUUCAUUACCAAAGUGAAAAAAGGUAGCUUGGCUGAUGUGGUGGGGCAUCUCAGAGCAGGGGAUGAAGUUCUAGAAUGGAAUGGCAAACCCUUGCCUGGAGCUACAAAUGAAGAAGUUUACAACAUUAUUUUAGAAUCAAAGUCAGAACCUCAAGUUGAAAUUAUUGUUUCAAGGCCUAUAGGUGAUAUUCCACGGAUUCCCGAGAGUUCUCAUCCCCCAUUAGAGUCCAGUUCAAGUUCUUUUGAAUCUCAGAAGAUGGAAAGGCCUUCUAUUUCUGUUAUAUCUCCAACCAGCCCUGGAGCCCUAAGGGAUGCACCACAAGUCCUACCAGGACAGCUUUCUGUGAAACUGUGGUAUGACAAAGUGGGACAUCAGUUAAUAGUGAAUGUUCUGCAAGCAACGGAUUUACCACCAAGAGUAGAUGGACGCCCCAGGAACCCCUAUGUAAAAAUGUAUUUUCUUCCAGACAGAAGUGAUAAGAGUAAAAGGAGGACCAAAACAGUAAAGAAAAGUCUAGAGCCAAAAUGGAACCAAACCUUUCUCUACUCGCAUGUACAUCGUAGAGAUUUUAGAGAACGAAUGCUUGAAAUAACGGUAUGGGAUCAGCCAAGAGUACAAGAAGAAGAGAGUGAAUUUCUUGGAGAGAUUCUUAUAGAGCUGGAGACAGCACUUUUAGACGAUGAACCACAUUGGUAUAAGCUACAGACACAUGAUGAAUCUUCACUACCUCUGCCUCAGCCAUCACCUUUCAUGCCACGAAGACAUGUACAUGGUGGAGAAAGCUCUAGCAAAAAAUUACAAAGAUCUCGGCCAAUCAGUGAUAGUGACAUCUCAGAUUAUGAUGUUGAUGAUGGUAUUGGAGUUGUUCCUCCAGUAGCUUAUAGAUCUAGUACUAGAGAAAGUAAAUCUACAACGCUAACUGUGCCAGAACAGCAAAGAACAACACAUCAUCGUUCACGUUCUGUAUCUCCUCACCGUGGCGAAGAUCAGGGCAGGACCCGUUCACGUUUACCAAAUGUGCCAUUACAGAGGAGUUUAGAUGAAAUCCAUCAAAUGAGAAGAUCACGUUCUCCAACUAGACACCAUGAUGCCUCCAGAAGUCCAGCUGAUUACAGAUCCAGAGACAUGGAUAGUCAGUAUAUGUCUGAUCAAGAAAGUGAGCUUCUUAUGCUGCCCAGAGCAAAACGAGGAAGAAGUGCAGAGUGCCUACAUACCAUCAGAAGUUCUGUUAGGCACUAUAAAACAUUACCACCCAAGAUGCCUUUACUAGAAAAUGGUACUAAUUGGAACCUAUACAGCUCAACUCUUCCUGCAUGUGCUAAGACCAAAUCAGUGAUUAGACAGGAUAUUUCUCUCCUUCGUGAUUGCCUUAAUUCACGAAUACCGAAAUUUGGAGAUGACCUCCUGGUUAGUGAACUACAGCCCUCCCUUGACAGGGCUAGGAGUGCUAGUACCAACUGCUUGAGACCAGAUACUAGUUUGCAUUCACCAGAACGAGAAAGGGGUAGAUGGUCCCCCUCCCUAGAGAGGAGACGACCUACUAGUCCCAGGAUUCAUAUCGAGCAUGCAUCUCCAGAGGAUGACAGAACAAGGACGCUGGAGUCUUGCAUUCCAAAACAGGACAGUGUAGACCACCUAAGUGCUAAACCUGGAGCAGCACAGAGGCAAUCCAGAAAAGUGGAAAGAUAUAGCAGCCAAAAACAAACUAGGAAAGGCUCCACAACUGAAACAGAAAGGGGUCUGCUACCAUGUCUUUCUAGAAGGGGACUUCCAGCCCCACGAACGACUGAACAGCCAGUCAUUAGGGGAAAACAUCACGCUCGCUCAAGGUCGAGUGAGCACUCUAGUAUCAGACCCUUAUGCUCUGUACAUCACCUAGCGCCCGGAGGGUCGGCGCCACCUUCUCCACUUCUGACAAGAAUACAUCAACAAGGAAGUCCCACCCAGUCUCCUCCUGCAGACACGUCCUUCAGCAGUCGCAGGGGAAGACAGCUACCGCAAGUUCCAGUAAGAAGUGGCAGUAUAGAGCAAGAACAAGAGAAUUUUAACUCUUCCACAAAAGCAAGCUUAGUAGUGGAGGAGCGAACAAGACAGAUGAAAAUGAAAGUGCACCGUUAUAAUCAGACAUCAGGGUCUGGUUCUAGUCAAGAACAUGAGCGUGAGCAAUAUACCAAGUAUAACAUACAAACAGAUCAGUACAGAAGUUGUGAUAACGUCUCUGCCAAAUCAUCAGAUAGUGAUGUCAGUGAUGUGUCAGCCAUUUCCCGAACCAGCAGUGCCUCACGCCUCAGCAGCACAAGUUUUAUGUCAGAGCAAUCUGAACGCCCUCGGGGCAGAAUCAGUACAUUUACUCCUAAAAUGCAAGGCAGACGGAUGGGAACUUCAGGGAGAAUUACUAAGAGCACAAGUGUGAGCGGAGAGAUGUAUAAGCUGGAGCACAAUGAUGGGAGUCAGUCGGACACAGCUGUCGGCACGGUUGGAACAGGUGGGAAGAAAAGGCGUUCCAGCCUUAGUGCCAAAGUGGUUGCCAUAGUGUCUCGAAGGAGCAGAAGCACAUCUCAACUUAGCCAAACAGAGGCUGGCAACAAGAAAUUAAAGAGCACGAUACAGAGAAGCACAGAGACAGGAAUGGCAGCAGAGAUGAGAAGUCGUAUGGUUCGACAACCAAGUCGAGAAUCUACUGAUGGCAGUAUAAAUAGUUACAGCUCUGAGGGCAACUUAAUAUUUCCUGGAGUACGGCUGGGUGCUGACAGUCAGUUUAGUGAUUUCCUCGAUGGACUUGGACCUGCACAGUUAGUAGGCCGGCAAACACUAGCAACUCCUGCCAUGGGUGAUAUCCAGAUUGGCAUGGUGGAUAAAAAGGGUCAGUUAGAAGUAGAAGUCAUAAGAGCUCGUGGCCUCACGCAAAAACCUGGCUCCAAAUCUACCCCAGCUCCAUAUGUCAAAGUGUAUUUAUUGGAAAAUGGAGCAUGUAUAGCUAAGAAGAAGACAAGAAUUGCACGGAAGACCCUUGAUCCUUUGUACCAACAGACACUGGUUUUUGAUGAAAGUCCACAGGGUAAAGUUCUUCAGGUAAUAGUUUGGGGAGACUAUGGCCGAAUGGAUCACAAAUGCUUCAUGGGAGUUGCCCAGAUCCUUCUGGAGGAACUGGAUCUGUCCAGCGUGGUAAUAGGCUGGUAUAAAUUAUUUCCACCUUCAUCACUAGUGGAUCCAACCUUGACUCCCCUGACACGCAGGGCUUCCCAGUCAUCUCUGGAAAGUUCAACUGGGCCUCCCUGCAUUAGGUCAUAGUAGCAGGUGCUGUCUAAUAAAAACAUCACCCAGGAUAACGAUUGGAACCAGAUACUCACACGAUCAAAAAACGUUGUUGGAGAGAGACAAUCACUUCUGUUUUUGCUUGUAGUAGUUAUCCAAAAAUAUGUCUGAGUUGUUUGUCGAGAGACAGCUUACAUUGACAGAACAAAAAUAUAUCACGUAUGGCCAACCUAUUAGCAACUAUCACUGAUGCUUAUAAUGAUCCAAAACCAAACAAAGAGAAAGAGGGACCUUUAGAUUCAAAUUAAGUCAAAUAUGAGCCAAACUGGAAGCUCUCACUCUGUUAACAGUGUUGUAUUUCUUCACAUUUUGACAGAGCCCUCAAGCAGUGUUAACUUCCUGGUGUUUCAGCAGUUUUUCUGUACUUGUUACUUCCAUUAGUUUUUUUGCCAUGUGAUUCUGCUAGUUUUGUAGAAGUCCUCACAACGCUAACAGAGACCCUUCCUUUCUUUUUCUAAACCAAACAAAACAAACCAAAAGGGCUGAAGCAUAUCUCUGUAAGCAUCGUUAAAGUGUUCAAAAGCCACAGUUACAAUUCCAGCAAGUUCAAAUCGUUUCUCGGUUCUGGUGCUUCAAAGUCUCUCAUGUGGGAACCCAGAACAAAUGACCGAUCGAGGUUAUAUUCUUAAAAAUAACUAAUCAUCACAGUGCCACUUUUUCUUUGUAAAAUAAAAGCAGAUAUGUUUGCAUUAUAUAUAAUAACUUUUAUGUUUAUGAUGUUUUGCAUGGAAGAAUUUUGAAGAAUUCUGCAACUAAUGCUGGGGACUGGUAUAAAGCAGCUUUAGUCUUAAUUUUUGACAUUGAAUAUGUUACUAGUAAUGCAGUUUUCCUCCUAGAAAUGGAGAGGAAAUAUUUACGUUUCUGUGUAUAAAUGUAUAUUUGACUUCCCAAAAUGUUGACCAGGAAUGGAUUGAGCAUAUGACACUUUCAGCUGUACCCAGGCUUCUCUGAUGUGUGUCGCUUCAGACGCACUUGUCUGCCCUGGAUAGAGCAUGGUAUGAGUUGUUCAGUGUUUCACUGGAAAUUCCAGUUGAAACAUUCUGCACUUACUAAUGUUUUUAUCAAAUUUUAGUUUACAUUUCUUUGAGAUUGAUGCAAGCACAAAGCUUGAUUUUUUAACGCAAGAUAUCUUACUUUUUGGAGAAAAAAAAAAAAAAGUCAAAAUUCAAUUUGCUUUUUAUUCAUUUGAGUUCUUCUUGGCCUUGAAAUCCCUUGUGAUAUUCUGUAAAUGUGCUAAAAACUGCAGAUUCUGCAGGUGCAUUGAUAUGUUUCCCCUCCUUUUACAGGCCAUUGAAUUUUGUGAUCACACAAAUAGAGCAGCAUGACUUGGAACUGUUCAAAGCUGCAUGCACGUUUUGUAAAAAGAGAUGAAAAAGGUUAUUUAAUAAUGUAUGUUAGUUCCACAUAGGCCAGCUUGUAUGUUGCAUGUACUUGUACAGUUUGCUCGUAAUUACUAUACUGAAGUAACCAAGAAAUCUAAGCCAUCCAUUUUUCUUAUAGACAUUUUGCAGGUUUUAGCCAGGCUAGGUCUGUGAGUCUGGUGCUAAAUGUCUAUAGAUGGACUUUAUUUUUUACCCUAUGGAAAACGUGAUGUAGUACGGACCAAAUUCCUUCUAAUAAAUAUUUUGGUGUAGAUUCCUACUGUGGGGCUGUAACACAUGUAGAAACUGUGUACACACUAGGUUUUAAUUCAUAGACAUACUGCCUGCACCAAGUGAACUAUUUAUUAUUACUCAACACGUCGGAAUUACUCUGCCCAUCUUUCCGUAGGGCGCAGAUUGAUUACUGCUCGACCUGCUGAGCAGGAAGAACUCAAGUAUUGGUGCACUACUACUAGAUCCUGUUCUGUCUUAGUGGCCAAAAAACAACUAGUUAUAAUUCGAUAGUAUCUUUCUAUUUUGACCACUUGUCUUAACACUCCCCUGUGCUUUUAAAUGAACUUCCAACUCAUGUUAUGUAAACAUGUUUAAUAAAAUUUCCUUUUCAUGUCCAGUGUAGUAGUUGUGCUCUCUGUAUGUUCUGAGGUCCAUCUGUGAUUCUGCUCGCUGCAGGACUGUGUGAAAUGUGUUAAGGAACAGUAAAAUGAUAAGUGAUUUCUAUGGUUCUUUUGAUCGAUGUAACAGUGUAUGUUGAAAUCUGGGGCCAGAAACUGAGGUCUGGUGAAAGUCGUGUUUGGUUGGCUGCCUUUUCACCGUGGAAGGAGCCAAAUUGUGCUCUCAUUCAUUGAAGCAGGUAAAUUGAAGUCAGUUAGCCAAAUUACAAUCUGGUGAAAUCCAGUCAGCUUACUUGUGUUGAAUGAUGCCGUGUCUGCUUGCACUAGGUCAGUGGGGCAGUACGUGUCAGAGCCAGACACCAGCUCUGUAUUUGGAAUGUGACUAGCCUUUAAGAUGUUUGAACAACUUCUGAACUUUUGCACUCUUUAAACCCAGAAAAAUGCCAUUGUACAGUAAUGCCACGAUGGAUCCCGCUGUAUAGACAUUUACCUGAGAGCAGAAUUUGGCACUACAUUUUAUUAGAGAAUCAAAGAUUAUGUAUGUUGUUUGAUUUUAGUUUUCCAUGUCCCACAGAUACCUGAUCACAACUGAAAAAUAACAUAAAGACAAUAUUGCCUCACUUUGAACACUUUUGUUUAUUACUUUAUUUAACUGAAUACAUGGUUAAGCUACUGAAAAAAAAAAAAAAAAAGGAUAAUUAAACAUGGUAAAUCUCU